UCGCUUGCCCCACCUUUCGGCAAAGUCAGUCGCGUCACGUGACUCCCUUUUCCCCGUGUAUGAUUGUUGUGUGGUUCUUGUGCAAGUGGACGCUUGGCGACAGCUGACAUCAGGAUACAACGGCCCGAGCCUUUCAAUCCUUUGUGUCCCGCUGCAAAACUCCGCGAUGGGAGGCCUCCUCAGUCUGUGUUCUGUGGGAUCGUUGGCAUGCUGCUGCGGAUCUGCCGCCUGCAGCCUGUGCUGCUCAGCAUGCCCGUCCUGCCGGAAUUCUACGUCUACACGAAUCAUGUACGCUGUCAUGCUGCUGCUGAGCACAAUUGCAGCUUGCAUCAUGCUGAGUCCAAAGAUAGAAGGGUUACUUGAGAAGGUCCCUCAGCUUUGCGAGAGUACGGAUGCCUGCAAGAAUGCUGUUGGCUACCUGGCUGUCUAUCGUCUGCUCUUUGCCCUGACUUUAUUCUUCCUCGCCUUCUCCAUGAUGAUGAUCGGUGUCAAAUCGUCCAAAGAUCCGCGAGGAGGCAUACAGAACGGAUUUUGGGCCUUGAAAUUCCUCGUUCUCAUCGGUGCAAUGGUCGGUGCAUUCUUCAUUCCGAACGGUGCUCUCUUCGGUGAAGUGUGGAUGUACUUCGGCAUGAUUGGCGGCUUCCUCUUCAUCUUGAUCCAGCUGAUCUUGAUCAUCGACUUUGCUCACAGCUGGGCGAACAACUGGGUGGAAAAGUUCGAGGAGACCCACUCCAAGGGAUGGUAUUGCGCCCUGCUGACCUUCACCAUGCUGCACUAUGCUUUGGCCAUUGCUGGUGUUGUCUUGUUCUACAUCUUCUACACCCAGGGAGAGUCCUGCGGACUGCAAAAGUUCUUCAUCAGCUUCAACCUGAUCCUGUGCGUGAUCCUGUCGGUCGUCUCCAUCCUGCCGAAGGUCCAAGAAUGUCAGCCUAGUUCAGGCUUACUACAGUCGUCUGCUGUGACCUUGUACAUUAUGUACCUCACUUGGUCUGCCAUGAACAACACCACAAGCAAGGACUGUAAGCCAUCUCUGGGGCUGACCCAGGAAGGCAGCAAGUUUGACACGCAAAGCAUUGUGGGGCUGGUGGUGUGGUUUGUGUGCGUGCUCUACUCGAGCAUCCGCACCUCGUCCAACUCCCAAGUGGGCAAGCUCACCAUGUCCGAGAAGAUCCUGGUCAAGGACACUGGCAACAACAACACGAGCACCGCGGGCGACGUGGAGGCCAAAGUGUGGGACAACGAGGACGACGGGGUGGCCUACAGCUGGUCCUUCUUCCACUUCAUGUUUGCCCUGGCCACCCUCUACGUCAUGAUGACCCUCACCAACUGGUUCCAGCCAAGCGACGACCCCAAGAACCUGAUCGAGAACAGCGCCUCCAUGUGGAUCAAAAUGGUGUCCAGCUGGGUCUGUGCCACACUCUACCUCUGGACCCUGCUGGCUCCCAUCGCCCUGCCGGACAGGGACUUCAGUUAGCCGCCUUUGCGGGACCCGGGCUAACCCCCGACUCAUUCUCGCGCAAGAGCGAGAGCUGUUGGGGUAGCUGUCGGAACGCCUGCCUCCGUUUCGUUUUGUAAUUUAUGUAUGUGUUCUAUCGUAGUUGUGGGGCCGUAAGGUUACCUUCGAAAGUGCAUGCACCGAAGCAACGAGACUAGAAGUUUAAAGGGUCACAAAAUUCUACUACGGUCGGAUAGAAGUUGAGAAUGCGCCAAAGAAACGCUGCCGCAUACCAGCCUCGGUAUCAAAUCACUCCGCAGAUCGAGCAGGACAGGCUGCAGUCGCAACGAGUUACAUGGCGUCGGUACAGUGGCCUAGAAUGGGGUAGUGAGCUGACCGCCCUCUCUUGCUCGUGCUUGGAAGUGAGGCGGUCUAUGUCGGAGGCCGACGGGGCGCUUCUGUCUACUCCUCCUGAAGCGUGAUGCACAUCGGCUACCCCUGGUGUGGGUGCAUGUGUUUGCAUUCGGCUUCGGUGUUGAGUCAGUGACUGCAGUUUCUGUGUGCUCGUCUGCAUGCCUCUGCCGUGUGGUCACUGUGAUUACUGUUGUCUUGCGGUUUUGCUCUUUCACUCAAAUGCAAGAAUGCCUAAUCGCUGGUUGUAGAACAGAAUAUGCUUGCGUGAAGGACGCGCCAAAGGUGGCUUUGUUCGGUGUACCUGAAAACAAGGAGUGGCAAAAACUGUGGGAUAAUAACAUAAUAAUAAUAAUUACAUUUUGAACCACAGUACGUAAUUAGAGAUUACGUGCUUGUCAUCAAUGGUGAAGAUGUUUGCGUUCAGUGUGGGAAACCAAUGCUUUCGGCCGACGGAGUUCCUAUGAUUUUUCGGAAUCUUCCCAGCUAUUCGACGAAGAAAACACCGACGCUCACAAGGCACGCGAUUGCAAAAGUGCAUGGGAAAGCUUCAGUAGGAGUCGACCAAUGUGCCAUCUCUCAAUUUUAACGUGAACAUCCUUGGCAAGCGGGCGUGGUGAGCCCACUACCUCAUUCUAGGCCACUGUACCGUCGGCUUGGUGGUGGACUAUUCGCGCGUCGUGGAGGAUUAGUGGCUGGUGGUAAUGGGGGUGUGGGAGGGGCUUCUGGCUAAUUCUUAACUUGUACCCGACUGUAGUUUAGAUUAAGGAGGAGGGACAAGGGGGGGGGAGGCUACCGG